AUAAGCCUAUUUUUUCCAAGCUUAUCAGUAGAAAAAAAAAAGAGAAGAAGAAAGAAGCAAAGUCCAGCCAGUGUUGUAAUAUUUGUUUCAUGCGAGCAGCGUCCUGACUUUCUUCAGACAGCAAACUCUCCUGCCGUGCAAUUUCUUAUGCAUGGCUACUGAACAUUAAAAGAAAAGCUGCUUUUAGGCUUGAAUAGCACUCACAGCAGAACCAUGGCAAUCGCUACACUGGCUGUGUACCAUUCCCUUGUUUUUGUCUGGUAUAUUUUUGUAACCUAUUCAAUCUCACUCGUAAGAGCAGAAGACCAGCCGUCUGAAGUGUUCCUUUAUGGUAGGCAGUGGAAAUAUUUGACAGUUCUCAAUCUGGUUUUGCAGGCUGUUUUCUAUGGGAUCUCCUUCCUGGCUGAUGUGUUGAGACUAAUUAAGAAACUGCCAAGUGCUAAAUACAUAAUUUCCUGCAGAGACCUUCUCUUCAGUGCCCUGGCUUUCCCUGUGGCCACGUUUGUGUUUAUGUCCUUUUGGGUAUUGUAUACGUACAACCGAGAACUGGUUUACCCCAAGAGCCUGGAUGGGAUGAUUCCAAGGUGGUUAAAUCAUGCUAUGCACACUAUUGUGUUGCCACUUGCUCUGCUGGAGAUCUUCGCUACCCCGCACUGUUAUCCACCAAAGAAGAAAGGACUGAUCCUAUUAGGAUUUGUUUCUGUUGCCUAUCUCAGCUGGGUCCUGUGGAUUUACUCUGUAACUGGAAAGUGGGUAUAUCCUCUCUUCACCUUUUUCAGCCCAGUGGGUCUAGCGGCCUUUUUCUGCAGUAACCUUGUCCUCAUUGUCUGGAUCUACAACAUUGGAGAGUUUCUCAACCGUAUGAUUUGGGGAGAUACAAUAGUAAUACUGGAAUACAAGAGGAAGGGCAAAUGAAGCUUUCUUUUCAAAGGAGUGCUUCCUCCAUGAAUUCUGAAGCCAUGAAGUAAAGGAAAAGAAAUAUCACUGUGAUAAACUCCUUCUCCAACAUACUCUAUCUUCUGGUGAAGCCAUUUGGUCAUCACAACCAUGGAAACUGGUGGAAAAUAUUAAAUGAUAUUAUUUUACAGGAUGCUUAUGAAACAAAGCAACUGCUACGAAUAAAGAAAUGCAUGCAUCUGUGUACAAGAUUUCUCAUCCCUUGCACAAUGUACAUUAGGAUAUAUCUGUGGUAAACUUGUAACUGGCAAAUAAAUUACCUCAUGAUCUUGCCGUGGGACUCACACCACAUCUUUAAAUGCCCUGUGAAAGCAAGCACUCUUUAUUCAGUACUUGUUUGGCUCACCCAAUGUUUUUCUAGAAGUCCAUAUGGAAAAAUAAAAAGGAGAGUAAUAAUUUUAACAUUGCCAUGACUUCCAAAACUAGAAAGAUAAUAAAUUGGGCUGGUGAAGACUUAUUAGGAAUGUCUGCUCAGAAAUUUCACCAUGAAACCACCAUUUUCGCAACAGCAAACAUUCUGAAAUAUUAAUAUAUUAUAACUUUUUCUUCUUAAUUUCUAACAAGAACUCAAAACUUUUUCUUUUUUGGUUUCAGGUAAUCUUGAAGCAAAAGUAAGCUAAGUAAUUAUACUGACUGCAGGAUUGCUUUGACAAAAAGUAUGUUAAUUGAAAGCACUGCUUAACAUAAAGCUGCCUGCCAUAAAAUUAUAUUACAUUCACAUGUUUACUAACCUUGCUUGAUAUAUUUGAUUUCUAUUAUUAGCCUCAACAUUUUGUUAAUACCUAGAGUUAAUACCUGGAGAGGUGCUUUGCAAAUCCAAAUAAACAAACAAAAAACA